CACACAGUGCAGUCAGCAUCUCUUCCGUCACCUGCAGAAUGACAAGGCAAUGAAAUGGUGUGUGGGUUUGUGUGUCUGUCUGAGGGGAGGCAAAAGUGUGUGUUUUGGGGGAAUGGUCAGAGUUAAUACACAUCCCAUCAAUAUAUAGGAGACACUAUUGACACACUUCUUUAACUCACACACACACCACACAGAGCUCACACUAUAAAUCAAGUUCUGAGGGAGAGCGAGAGCAAAGGAGGAGGAGAGAAAAGGAUGCUCAUAGCAGGUGCCAAAUAUUGAGGGAGUCGAGAGCAAGAGAAUCAGACGUGAGUGUGAGGAUGGAGCAGAGCUCUCACUGAACAUUCAGCCACAGGUUUUCAUACAGUCAGUCUCUGGUUUUUGUAAAAGUCUGUGUGUUUGGGCUCGUGUGUCUCUGCUCCAUGAUGCUGUGCUCCGCUGUUCUGGCAGUGCUGCUCUUGCUGGCACCUCUGAAACCCAGCCACAGCCGAAGCCUGCACACCCCCAACCGGGCCAUGCAGGUCAUCGAGCAGUUCCUUGAGCGUUACAAUGACCUUUUAACCCUAGAUGACCUGGAUAAUCUCACAAGUGACCAAUCAGAAGAGCCAGUACAGGUCUUUAAUUCUGACGUAAAAGUUGCAGAAAAUCCAAAAUGGAUUGAUAUACCUGUGCAGAAUGAAAACUCCUUGGUCCGUCUUCUCAAGGGAGCUCUGGCCAAUCAAAAGCGAGCUUUGUCAGACCGGUCUCGGAGGGGUUGGAACCGAGGUUGCUUUGGCCUGAAGCUAGACCGAAUCGGAUCUAUGAGUGGCCUUGGCUGCUAAUGACAAACAGAGGGACAAAGAAAUGGCUUUUAAGAGUCAAGUAGAUGUUCUUCAUAGUGGCAGUCUACAGUCAGUUUCUCUAAUCUAUGUGGUGUUGUUCUCUUACAGUUUCUUUCACUAUAUUUUCCCAUUUCACAGAGGUGAUAUGUUUUCAUACUGUAUUGUAAAUUGUUUAUUAUAAAGUGCUGUAAGUUUAGUGAUCCUAGUUCUGUGUUACUCUGAUGGUAGGGGAGUGCAAAUAUGUUUUGUGUACUUUUGUUUGUGUUGUUAGAUAAUACAAAUUGUAUUAGAUCACACACACACACACACACAUAUAUAUAUAUAUAUACACACCUAUGAACUGUAUUUAAUACUGUUUUGAAGGAUAUGCAUGAGCAAAACUAACAGUUCAACAUUAUGUUUGUGUAUAUUUGGCAUGAAUAAAGGAGAUAAAUGUGUUAAAUA